UUUGCGUUGUUCGCCACGAUGCCUGAACCAGCCAAGUCUGCACCCAAGAAGGGCUCCAAGAAAGCCGUCAGCAAGGCUACCGGCAAGGGAGGCAAGAAGAGGAAGAGUCGUAGAAAGGAGAGUUACGCCAUCUACGUGUACAAGGUGCUCAAGCAGGUGCACCCUGACACUGGAAUCUCUUCGAAGGCUAUGAGCAUCAUGAACUCCUUCGUCAACGACAUUUUUGAACGCAUCGCGUCUGAGGCGUCUCGUUUGGCUCACUACAACAAACGCUCCACGAUCACGUCCAGGGAGAUCCAGACCGCCGUUCGUCUUCUGUUGCCAGGUGAACUGGCUAAGCACGCCGUGUCCGAGGGCACCAAGGCUGUUACCAAGUACACCAGCUCUAAGUAAUCUGUUAGUAUUGCUUAAACCCAACGGCUCUUUUAAGAGCCACACACUUGUUCUCAAAAGCAAUCGUCCAUCCAACCUGGAUAGAGAAAAAUGAAACUGUGAGCUUUAACAAUAGUCUGCAUAACUAAACAGUACAUUGACACAACACAUUAAAUUAUAAAUGUGAUUAAAUGUUAACUAUUAAAGCGCUUGUCUCCAAACAAGUUCCUAUAAUUGUGUCCCCCGCGUCGAGUCUGUGCUUUCCUUACAGAUUAAGCUAGAAGCUGUUGUCCUUUUCUCAGUGUAGAUGGCAAAACACGUAUGUAGUGUAACAUGUACUGUAGUUUACUUCAUUGCUUAAACUUGACGGUUUUAAUUGCCGUACAUGUCAGUAUAAGUUUCAUUUAAGGAAGGGCCAUGGCUUAAGUUAAUAUCACCAAAAUAACAGCUCAGUUCAGUUUACCUA